GAAACUCAGUCUUCUAAAACAUCACACUCAGUGCAAGCAAAGUAGAAUCGUACGCCUCUCAACACAGCAAAGCUUACCAUAACGCACGAAAAUGGCUUCCACCUUCUUCUCGGUUGCGCCAGAGCCAAAGACCGAGCUUGGUCGGCACCGUAUUCUGGCCCCGACGGCUGGUCUUCGUGUCUCGCCCUUGGCUCUCGGCGCAAUGUCCAUUGGUGAUGCAUGGGCCGACCUGAUGGGGUCCAUGAACAAGGAGAGCUCAUUCAAGCUGCUGGACGCAUUCUGGGAGGCGGGCGGCAACUUCAUCGACACCGCCAACAACUACCAGAACGAGCAGUCCGAGGAAUGGAUCGGAGAGUGGGCGGCCAACAAGGGCAUUCGAGACCAGCUUGUUAUUGCUACCAAGUUUACUUCAGAUUACCGAAGCCACGAGCUGGGGAAAGGAAAGGCCCAAAACUUUCAGGGCAACCACCGCAAGAGUCUGCAUUUGAGCGUGCGAGACUCUCUGAAGAAGCUCAAGACCGACUACAUUGAUAUUCUGUACAUCCACUGGUGGGACAGCACAACCUCCAUCAAGGAGCUUAUGGACUCUCUGCACAUCAUGGUUGAGCAAGGCAAGGUUCUCUACCUGGGAGCCUCAGAUAUGCCUGCGUGGAUCGUCAGCGCAGCCAACACGUACGCAGUUGACCACGGCAAGACGCCGUUCAGCAUCUACCAAGGCCGAUGGAACAUCAUGCUGCGGGACUUUGAGCGGGACAUCAUCCCCAUGGCACGGCACUUUGGCAUGGCCCUGGCGCCCUGGGACGUCCUUGGCGGAGGAAAGUUCCAGACAAAGGAGGCCUUGGAAGAACGCAAGAAGAAUGGCGAACAGCUACGCAGCCUUGUAUCACUCCCACAGCAGAGCCCCGAAGAAGAAAAGAUCAGUGAAGCGCUCCAGAAAGUGGCGUCAGAACACGGCGUCACGUCCAUUACAGCUGUCGCUCUGGCAUAUGUGUUGCACAAGGCAGGAAAUGUUAUCCCUAUUGUUGGUGGAAGGAAAGUUGAGCAUCUCAUGGACAAUAUCCAGGCCCUAAAGAUUAAGCUCACAGACGAGCAAAUCAAGUUCCUCGAGGAAGUACGGCCGUUUGACCUGGGAUUUCCUUCGGCCUUCUUGGGUCCUGAUCCAAACAUUACAGGUUUUUCUCCUCGACUCCAGCGAACUGCUCAUUACAGCUUCCCUAAUGCCGGAAGCCCCAAGAGCGUUGUUUAAGGAAAUAAAUGUACUGAGUUGGACAUGACUACGUCCCGUGGAGGAGAUUAUAUCUACACAGUCUGCAAAAAGCUCUCUGUGACCCAAACAAUUUGCGUUCCAAAGCUGCCAGCCGUCGUUUGAUGCUAUAUCCAGUCUAGAAAGGAGGCCGACUGCUCAGCUUCAAGACGCUUUCAUCCAAUUAUGUUCUGAGAGCGUAGAUAUGCAUGUACAUAUCUAUACGCUCCAUGCUGCGGCCUUAGGUACGGUAGCUUUAAAUAUACGAACUUGAC